GGAGCGGGCGCGGGAGGCGGGCGCAGGCGGCCGCCAUGCCGAUGAAAGGCCGGUUCCCCAUCAGGCGGACGCUGCAGUAUCUGAGCCAGGGCGACGUCAUCUUCAAGAGCUCGGUGAAGGUGAUGACGGUGAACUACAACACGGCGGGAGAGCUGAGCGAGGGGGCGAGAAAGUUUGUGUUUUUCAACAUCCCCCAGAUCCAGUACAAGAACCCCUGGGUGCAGAUCAUGCUGUUCAGGAACAUGACCCCCUCGCCCUUCCUCCGCUUCUACUUGGACAACGGAGAACAAGUUUUGGUUGAUGUGGAAGAUAAAACCAACAAAGAGAUAACAGAGCACAUCAAAAAAAUCUUGGGGAAAAGCAAAGAAACGCUUGAAAAAGAGGAAAGAGAAAGGAAAAAACUAUCACAUCCAGCAACUUUUGGGCCCAAGAAGUAUCAUCUGCGAGAAUGCAUGUGUGAAAUUGAAGGCCAAGUUCCCUGCCCUGCUUUUGUGCCACUGCCCAAAGAGAUGAGGGGAAAAUUCAAAGCUGCUACGAAAAAUGAAGCAUCGGCCUGACAUCUCAAGUCACGCGGUUUUUUCCUCAGGGCUGGAUGGUGAAGGUACUUCAGUGAGAGACAAGAGCUAACAGCUCCUGGAAACAGGAACAAGCAAGUUCAUGUAAUACAGACAACUUUGCCUCGUAAGUCUUCUUACAGCUACAACUAGACUAAUUAAAGUGAAAAAUAAAAGUUAAAAAUCCAGCUUUUUUGGUGCCAGUUUUACAAAGCCUUACAGUCAACACUG